UGGUGAACUCCAGCCAAUCGCUGCUCGAGUGGUGUCAGAGCAUCACUAGUGGGUACCAGGGGGUAAAGGUCACAAACUUCAGCACUUCCUGGAGAAAUGGGCUGGCCUUCUGUGCCAUCCUACACCACUUCCAUCCAGACAAAAUAGAUUUUGACCAGUUGGACCCUCAUGAUAUCAAACUCAACAAUAAAAAGGCGUUUGAUGGCUUCGAGGCGCUGGGAAUCUCUCGCCUGCUGGAGCCGUCAGACAUGGUCCUUCUGUCUGUGCCUGACAGGCUCAUAGUCAUGACCUACCUCAGCCAGAUCCGCUCACACUUCACUAACCAGGAGCUGAGCGUGCUGCAGAUAGAGCACAACAGCAGUAAGUCCAGUUACGGCGUCACUCUCACCGGCCCGACUCCCACGAAUGUGGACGCUGCUGCUUUCUGCAUGGCCAGACUAAAUGAAGGAGUGAGUCUAGAAGAGGGAGGAAGCAGCACGCUGGUGGUCCCGCCGCCAAGAGCUAAACGACAGCUUAAAGUGGAGGAGUCCAUAACUCCAGUCCCACCCCCACGGUCUCUUACAAAGGUAGUCAAGCCUGGGCCGGCUCAGGAUGAAAAUACAAUGUCUAACUCUGCAACAGAAAACACGAGUAAUACAGAUUUUCAGUGUGCAGAUGAGCCCCAGCCUCCAAAACAAGACGAGGAAACAAUGGACACCAGCCAGUAUGUGUUGAGUGAGCUGGCAGCAUUGGAGACAGAACAGAAGCACAUCGACAGCAGAGCUGCAGUGGUGGAGAGACGACUGCGAAGUCUCAUGGAAACAGGAAGUGACCGUGAUGAAGAGGAGAGACUGAUCCAGGAGUGGUUCACUCUGGUAAACAAGAAGAACGCUCUGAUCCGCAGACAAGACAACCUGGAACUGUUACAAGAGGAGCAGGAUCUGGAGAGGAGAUUUGACCUUCUGACCAGAGAACUGCGCGUAAUCAUGGCUAUUGAAGACUGGCAGAAGUCACCCGCUCAGCAGCAGAGGGAGCAGCUGCUCCUCCAGGAGCUGGUGUCUUUGGUCAACCAAAGGGACGAGAUCAUCAGGGAUAUCGACACCAAGGAGAGACGGGCCAUGGAGGAGGAUGAGCGUCUGGAGCGUGGUCUCGAAAUGAGGAGGAGAAAAUACAGCAACAAAGAAAAAUGUGUGUUACAGUGAGACGAGUGAGGACAAGCACAAACAGCUUUUAGUACGGAUACUACAAAGUCCCAAAAGAGUACUUUUUUUAAAUAAUAGAAAGUUGUUGUUUUUUUUAAGGAUGCUGGGGCUCUGUAUUUUCUUGUAUUUAAAGUGCCUUGAGGACUGCUCUGAGUUUGACACUGCAAAAAAUAUGUCAUUUUCUCUGAUAAAAAAAAAGAAAUUCAAAUGUUCAUUAUUUUAAGUGUGUCUUAAUAUAUAAGUAUUGAUUGAUACUUUUCAUCUAUUUUUAUUUAUUUAAAUUAUGUAUCUGACUGUUUUACAUCUAUUGCACAUUUGCUUUUUGUGUGUUUCUGUUUCUAAUCUGUGACUUUCAGUAUUCAAACACUGGCUUAUCCUCCAUUGUGAAAAACGAGGCCAAAAAUAUUUGCAGCUUUGAGGGGAAGUUUAGUUUACAGUUGUUUGUAAUCUGCAGGUUUCUAGUAAUGUCACCCUACUUGUCACUUCCCCGAGGAAAAAGUCCAUAAACACGCCCGAGCAUUUUGGAUAUCAAAAUAGUAUGUGGUAAGUCAUGAGCUGGACUCGAAUGCCUCAUGUUGUUAGCGGAGGAUAUGUGUUUUCAGAUUCAGGAUGACCCCCUGCAGCCUCAUGGAGCUCAAAGAUGUUUCCAGCCUAAAGUUACACCUUGGUAACUUGCAGUCUUUGUGGAUGUGAUUGCUCACGUCUGCAAUAUUCACAGAAAUCAAAGUGCUUUCCAUUUCUGUGUCGACUACUGCAUGCAUGCUUAUGGAGGUGUGCUAAUAAAGUGGCACUGUGCUCCACAGCGCCACUAUGUAUUCAUACUGUAGCUGCGUAUAAUGAAUCGAGGAUGUUUGUGAUGAUGAAAAUAAAAACAUAUCGGCUGGUUGC